AUGAAACCUCUGAACGCGAGGAAGAAAGAGCGGCCCGAGCUCGGCUUUGCGCUGGGCACGCCAGCUUUAUGCCCUGUGACUCCGCGCUGUCACGUGCCUGGAAAGGGUUAGGGUUAGUCCCCCCCCAUGGCGGUAUCAAAAGGAGAUGCCCUGCAGGCGUUCAGGGGGGCCUCCUAAGGCACCGGGGGCUUCUCGAACCCUCUCGGCUCAGCGGGAAGCUGUCGGUGGCAGGUGGAGCCCGCUGGUCCCCGCAGGCCUGUGCGCAGCCUUCGGGGUCAAGGCCGCGGGGCUUGUCCCGGAGCCGCUCAGGUGUGGCGCGACCCGCACCCUUAGUUUGGCCGAGCUCGGUCAGGACUCAGACAAAAGGCAGGACCCGGGACCAGAGAGGCAGACUCGGGGCCGGCCACUUCCGAACUCUGCCGAACCGCCUGGGCCUCGUCGUCUGCGAAAGGAGAGACCGUGGAAGAAGGAAUAAAAAGUUGCUUGGCUUUUCAAGACAGAAGAAGUAUGGAUGAAGGGAGGAACGGAGAGGCAAGGCUGAGGCCUGCCCUGGUUCCAAGUCUUCUGCUUCAAGUCCUGGAGGCGGGAGCGGCGUGGAGCCAGGCGCGGUCGGGGAAGAGCAAGAAGGU